UUAAAACAAUUUACUGACUUAGAAAAUAAAAGAAGAGUACUUCCGGUAGCAGCCGAUAUUUUGAUUUACAGAAAAAAGCCGGCUUAAUGGAUAGUUAUAGCCUUCAUCACGCAGAAUACUAUGUCAGUGACGGAGAAAAAUUAACUCGAGAACUAACAAACAAAUACAAAUUUGCUUUGAUUGCCAAACGUUCAAUCAAAUCGCAUAAUCAGUGGGUACUUUGUUCUGGAAAUGCCAAAUUUUUGAUUACACAACCCAAGACAUUUGAUGUUUCUGAUGCAAUUACAGAAGAUCACUUAGAGGAUCCAUAUAUUUCAAACCAGUAUCUAUCAUUAGGCAAAAACAGAGCUGUCAACUCUGAAAAUGUUUCAAAACCAUUUGUAAACACAGUUAGCAACAUAGCCUUGAAGGUCAAAGAUGUCAAGCAUUGUGUACAGAGAGUAUGUCAGGCAGGGGGAGAGGUACUGGAGCCUCUAAAUGUGAUCUCAGACAGUAACGGUUCAGUAGAAACAGCCAUAAUAAAGUCUUGUAUUGGAAAUGUUAUACACACUCUUGUUGACGAUAGUAAAUAUAAAGGAUGCUUUUUACCAGGUUUCGAAAAUGUGGAUAAUCCAUGCGGUGGCUGUGAAAACCCUUUAGUCACUCAUAUAGAUCACGUUACAUUUGCAUGUGCUCUCGGUGCUUCAGGAAAAGUAUUGGACUGGUAUGAGAAAAAUCUUGGAAUGAACAGAUUUUAUAUAAACAGUGAUGAAGAUACAGAUGACGGCUUUGUCAUUGACACUGAGGAUAUUGGAAUACGUUUGAAAGCCUUUGAGUACUGGAAAUGUGCUGAAACAGGUUUAUAUUCUCAGGGUCCAGAAAACAGCCUUAAAUUUGUAAUUGCUGAAGCACUUGAAGGACAAGGACCAAAUCAGAUUGACACUUUCUUAGAAGAACACAGGGGAGAUGGUAUACAACAUAUUGGUUUACAUACAGAAAGUAUUGUCAAUGCUGUGUCAACAUUACAAGAACAAGGUGUCAAUUUUGUUGAACCGCCAUAUACUUACUACACAGAGGUUGGAAAACUGAGGGAAAUGGAAGAAAUAAAUGAGGAUGUAGAAGUACUUAAAAAGUAUGGAAUAUUAGUUGACAAUGAGGCUGAUCCAGAUACUGAUUCAUGUGAACAUAGAUAUUUAAUGCAAAAGUUUACGCAGCCUUUGUUUGAUGAAAAGACAUUUUUCCUGGAGAUAAUUCAAAGAUUUGGAGCCCGAGGAUUUGGAUCAGGGAAUAUAACAGCAUUAUGGAGAUCCAUGCAAGCUUAUUUAUCUGAGGCAAAGAGUUGAUGAUAAUUCAGUUUAAGGCUUCUGAAAUCUCAAUCUUUUGUGAUAAUCGUAUUAUAUUUAUAAAAUAUUACCAGUGAUUUUUGUAAUAAAAAG